CCGGCGUCCAAACUAAGGCCACCUGAAGGCCGCCGUUCACAUCUUCAAAGGCUACGGGGGUCACCCAGCCUUCAAGAUGCCUAGGGGGAACCAGCAACCACAGGAUCUCGACACCACCGCAGAAGGCAGCCAUCCACUCCAACACCCUCAAAAAUGCAACAAUCCGAGGCAGACCCCAGAGCACACCCCCGCAGUGACCGAACAGAAGGCGGCCACACCCCGAGGCAGAGGCCGGGUGGGGCCAGCACGCACGCUGCCCUUCCAGUCCAAGCUCUCCUCCGCCCAGGGUUCGCGCGCACGAGGCCCUCCUGCAAGCCAGCGGAUCUCAGAGCGGCCUAACCCCGGGGACCCACGCAAGGGCAAGGGACCAGCUUCAGGGCGGCGUGACAGCCGGCAGCGGCCAACCUCCACCACGAAGCCCGAAUCCUCCACGCCGAAACCCCCCGCCACCGACCAUCCCAACAUGGCCCGUGGCGGUAAUCAGAACUGGAGCUCCGGGGAGUCGGACGGCCAGCCAGAGGAGCAGACUGCCGAGGAGAACGGAGACAAGAUGGUGAAGGAGACCCAGUACUAUGACAUCCUGGGGGUGAAGCCCAGCGCGUCCCCGGAGGAGAUCAAGAAGGCCUAUCGGAAGCUGGCGCUCAAGUACCACCCAGACAAGAACCCGGAUGAGGGCGAAAAGUUUAAACUUAUAUCCCAGGCAUAUGAAGUACUUUCAGAUCCAAAGAAAAGAGACAUCUAUGACCAAGGUGGAGAACAGGCAAUUAAAGAAGGGGGAUCGGGUAGCCCCAGCUUCUCUUCACCCAUGGAUAUCUUUGACAUGUUUUUUGGUGGUGGAGGGCGGAUGACUAGAGAGAGAAGAGGCAAGAAUGUUGUACACCAGCUGUCAGUAACUCUGGAAGACUUAUAUAAUGGAAUCACUAAGAAACUGGCCCUCCAGAAAAAUAUAAUUUGUGAGAAAUGUGAAGGCAUUGGUGGGAAGAAGGGAUCCGCGGAGAAGUGCCCUCUGUGCAAGGGGCGGGGGAUGCAGAUCCAUAUCCAGCAGAUCGGGCCGGGCAUGGUGCAGCAGAUCCAGACUGUGUGCAUCGAGUGCAAGGGCCAGGGGGAGCGCAUCAACCCCAAGGACCGCUGCGAGGACUGCAGCGGCGCCAAGGUUACCCGAGAGAAGAAGAUUAUCGAGGUACACGUGGAUAAAGGUAUGAAGGAUGGGCAAAAGAUACUGUUUCAUGGAGAAGGAGAUCAGGAGCCUGAGCUGGAACCUGGUGAUGUCAUAAUUGUGCUUGAUCAGAAGGAUCAUAGUGUCUUUCAGAGACGAGGCCAUGAUUUGAUCAUGAAAAUGAAAAUUCAGCUCUCUGAAGCUCUUUGUGGCUUCAAGAAGACAAUAAAAACGCUGGAUGAUCGAGUCCUCAUCAUUUCAUCUAAGUCAGGUGAGGUGAUAAAGCAUGGAGACCUCAAGUGUGUCCGCAAUGAGGGGAUGCCCAUCUACAAAGCCCCCCUGGAGAAGGGGAUGCUUAUCAUACAGUUCUUAGUAGUCUUCCCUGAAAAACAGUGGCUUUCUCUGGAGAAGCUUCCUCAGCUGGAGGCUCUGCUUCCCCCUCGGCAGAAGGUGAGGAUCACAGAUGAUAUGGAUCAGGUGGAGCUGAAGGAGUUCAACCCCAACGAGCAGAGCUGGCGCCAGCACAGGGAGGCCUAUGAGGAGGACGACGAUGGGCCCCGCGCUGGCGUGCAGUGCCAGACGGCAUGAUGGUGCGGUGUGGCAUGGCCUGGUUGGACUAGCACAUGAUGAAUGUAAACUUGGCACAAUGAAAAUGGCAUCGCUUUAAUAGCCUCAUGUUUGGGGUGUCCUGUGUAUGUGUUCAGCAGUCUUCACCGCGAGUAUCUUUUGGGUGUUGUCUCUCUUUAGUUGUAAUUUAAGUUAUAGCUUGAUUCAUAUUUAAAUGUUUUAAGUUCAAUGCCCUCCUGUCUGAAUAUGGAAUCUGCUCAUUUGUACUUUCAGGACAUAUUUUGGAGAUGCCAGUACCACACUAACUUUUUGUGCUUCUUAGUGGCUUUGCCAUGGUUCGUUCCCACAGUAGGCCCAGAGAGCCAACACUUGGCCCCUAACAAAGGCCUAGAAGGUGGGUGUCUGGCCACCUUCUCUAAUCUGUUCCCCUCCCCCUCCUCCCUUGGCAGAGUCACCGAGGGUAUGAGCUCAGGUCUGCUAGUAACAGUUCUGAAUCCAGACUCUGGAACUCUUAGGUAGUAAAAGCACAUGUGGCUUGCAGUAGGCCUGGCAUGCCUGGUUAUACUGAGUAGGCUGGACUCACGCUGCAGUCAGUCUCGGGCCUACUGUUCUUUCCCCUUGACUGGUUAGAAAGGGGUUUGUUUGAACAUCUCUCUUGGAAGUGUCUGAACUUCCCAAGCCUUGUGAUGACAAGCCCAUUUUAAAUGAUAAGCCAAUAAAGCCAUUUGCCUGUGACCCCGUACCUUGUUCUUUGUGGUCUUAAUGAUUAUCUGUUGACGACCUUUGCAGUGUUGUCCCACCAAAGUGCUUUCCCUGGCCUCUGUGCAGCUGCAGAACCAACCAAAGGGGAGUGCUGGUGGCUUAGCUCCCAGCACAGCCAGCUUAAUGUCUUAAAGGUGUGCAAUGGCACAGACCCCUCAGUAUUACCACCUUGUUCUCUAGACAACUCUUCCCUAAAGGCCCGUUCUUCUCACUGUACAGCCAUACUGCAAAGGGCUUUCUGCUUGUGAUGUGUGGUGAGAACUGACCCAACCAGGUUCUAGCUAGCUGGCAUCAACAUGACUAUGAUAGCUGCUUGGGACGGGUCCUAGUUACUAUAUUUCUGGCAAGUAGAUUGCACUUUAAAUGAAGGCUACCUCAGCCUCUAGCCUUUACUACUCCCUUCUUUUCUACAAAUGAAGUUAAAUACUCUGCUUCUUAAGCUGCCAGGGUAACCUGUCAGAUCCACCGUUACUUGGUUUUUAUGGUACCAGAGAGUUUGACACAGACCAGGACCCUCCCCUAGGGGAGUCAACGUGCAGAUGAGACUCAUGGCCAGUCGGGUAAGUCAGCUAGCAGACAUUGCUGACUGGUCAAACAGCUUUCUCAAAGUGCAGUGCUCACUUUGAACACAGGCCAUGGUAAGACUUAAAACUGCUUCCUCCAGUUAGUAAGCGGACCACAAGUCCAGGGUGGCGUUUCUGUGCUGUGACAAAUCAAUCACUGCUGGAGAGCUGUCAGCUUGUAGUGGGACAACUAGGUCAGCUCCUUGUUAUGAAUCUGCAGGGCGUUGCUUAACUUUCCCACCUGUACAUUUUUCACUUUAAAAUUAAAAUUGAGCUGGUAUGAGA